CCCCCGCCGGCCGCCUGCAUAUGGAACAUGAAACUGGAAAUAAUAACUCAGAAUGUUCCUGAAGAAGAAAGUGUUUCCUUUGAGGUAGAAAUGGAAGGAUUUACAGGAGAGGGUUCCUGCUUUCCCAUUUUAGGUGACAAUUGGGACUGCAAGAACCAGGAAAGAAAUUUGAGGCAAUCUCCUUUAAUCAAUGAGAAAAUAGAGGCUCAGGAAGCAAAUUGUAACCAUCUUAAUUUGGGGGAACAUUUGAGUACAAACUCAGCCCUUCUACCAUCUCAGAGAGUUUCUUCGACAAAUGGCUUCCAUGUUCAUAACUCAGAUAUUAAACCUUUUGAUUGUGACCAAACCUUACAUAGUUGUCCUCAGAGUUACACAGUUAAGGGAACUGGUGAUGGCGAUGCUUGUGAAAAAGCUACCCAACCUUCCAUGGAAGUCACUCAACUUGUGAGAAACCAAACGAGAGAUAAGCCCUAUAAAUACGCAGAAGGUAUUAAACCUUUAAACCACUUUACCACUGCCCUUUGUGAUAAGAAAAUUAAGAAAAGAAGCAAGAAAUUUUACAAAGGUAAGGACUUUGGGGACAUCUUAGCCCUGAGCUCAUCUCGUAAUGAAAAAAGAAGUCAUUCUACUGAGAAACCCUAUAAAUGUGCUGACUGUGGCAAAUGCUUCAAACGGAACUCUUCUCUUGUUCUACACCACCGAACUCACACUGGUGAGAAACCCUAUACCUGUAAUGAUUGUGGAAAAUCAUUCUCCAAGAACUAUAACUUGAUUGUACAUCGAAGGAUUCACACAGGAGAGAAGCCCUAUAAAUGCAGUAAGUGUGGGAAAGCUUUCAGCGAUGGAUCAGCUCUGACGCAGCACCAGAGGAUUCACACAGGGGAGAAGCCUUUUGCAUGUCUAGAUUGCGGAAAAACUUUCAACAGAAACUCAUCCCUGAUUUUGCAUCAAAGAACCCAUACCGGGGAAAAACCAUAUAGAUGUAAUGAAUGUGGGAAACCCUUCACUGACAUCUCUCACCUUACUGUGCAUCUCAGAAUCCACACCGGUGAGAAGCCCUACGAGUGCAGCAGGUGUGGAAAGGCUUUCCGCGAUGGCUCCUACCUCACUCAGCAUGAGAGGACACACACUGGAGAGAAGCCCUUUGAAUGUGCAGAGUGCGGGAAAUCCUUCAGUCGCAACUCUCACCUCAUUGUGCAUCAGAAAAUUCAUUCUGGGGAGAAGCCCUACGAAUGUAAAGAGUGUGGGAAAACUUUCAUCGAAAGUGCCUAUCUCAUCAGGCAUCAGAGGAUUCACACUGGUGAGAAGCCUUAUUGUUGUAACCAGUGUCGUAAACUCUUCAGGAACAUUGCUGGACUUAUCCGGCAUCAGAGAAUUCAUACUGGUGAAAGGCCUUACGAGUGUAAUCAGUGUGGUAAAGCUUUUAGAGAUAGCUCCUGUCUGACCAAGCACCAGAGGAUUCACACCAAGGAGACUCCGUACCAGUGUCUGAAGUGUGGAAAGUCCUUCAGGCAGAACACUCACCUGGUAGUACAUCAGAGACUUCAUAACAGAGAGGGUCCCAGCCAGUGUCCUCACUGUGGGAAAGUAUUUAGAAGGAGCUGGUGUCUUGCCCGACAUCAGAGAACACACCUUGAAGAGCAGCCCGUGGAUACGUAAUGGACAUAGAUCCUACUCUUUUUGAGUGAACAAAAGAUUUGUCUUCAGAUGUGACUUCCCUUGCUAACAGAAAAGAUUUUUUUUUUAAAAAAUUGAAUAUGAGAUAUUCUAUAAUUGCAUUUACACUGUUAUUAGGGAGCUCCUGAAGAGAGAAUUGAAUGGUAAUCAAUGUAGUAAAGGCUUCAGGGAUGAUUCAGCCUAUACCAAACAUGUAGCGCAUACACUGAGAUAAAGCACCUGUCAGUGAGGAAGGCAUUUUCCUAGAGAUACCUAUUUACCUUUACAUCAGGUUCCUGAAAUUGGAAAGAACCUGUGAAUUCAUUCAGUAGGUAAUCAGUAGGAGACAUCUUUAAUAGUAUUACUUUAUUGUAUACAAGCAAAUGCUAUUAGAGUCAAAACUUGUAAAUGUUAUCUGGAAGCGAUACUUUUGUCAGGAGUUUUUACUGUCCUGUUUCUGCAAAGGCAUAGUGGUGGGGUGUCUCACACAGUGGCCUACAAACCACCACAAGACAUGCCUGGGUUUGCUGUUCGAAUGCAGUUCUGUUUUAUGGUCCUGCCAGAACACAGAUGACUCAUUUAAUGCGGUGAAACUGGAUAUAGGAGUUGCUUGUGAUUGAAAUGAAGUUGUCCCUCUUAAGACUAAAACAUUCUCCGUGAUGGAAAGGGCUGCUUCUAAGAGAUAGAAUCCAUUGCUUUAGGUGUUGGAACAAGAAAAUACUGAAUUGUAUUUCAGUUAUCACCUGCCUUCACCAUUGUUGAUCAUUUUGGAUACUAAUUUAUGUAGAGUCCUUUGAAACAAAAUCCAAAGGUUUCAUUGCCAUCCUAAAAAUACUUAGAUCAUUACAAAAGAAGGCAUGAAAGUAGGUUUAUUGUUAUUACAAUCAUGUAAGCAUGUUCAUAUUUGGUUAUAGGAUAGCAUUGGAUGAUGGAAUUAAGUGGCUUCUUAGGAGACUACAAUUGUGUUCUUUUUCCUUUUUAUUUAUACAUUUUUAUAUAAUAAUUUGUUAAUGUAUUUAAAAGUGAAGCUAAAAGGCAACAAAUUUGGAGUUUUCUUGGAUCUUUGCCAGUGGAUAAAGGCCAAAGAUACUGUUAGACAUUCUACAAAGGCUGGAUCAUGGCUACAGGAAGCCAUAAGCAUCUCCAGGUGUAUAUUGACAGAUGCUUGUUUGGAAUCAGAGCAUCCCGAAGCCCAGAAUCAUUUCUUUUGGAAUUUUGGAUAUAAAGAUUAUGGUAUUGUGGAGGGAGAGGUCUAAGAGUCUAAGGAUAGGGAAGAGAAAGAUACAGAAAAAUCUGGAAUUAACAUAUCUUUUCUCAGUGCAGUGUUAGGACUAAAAGCUAGACAGUUUGGUUGAGAGCUUCAAAGAUGUCUGAUUCCUCCUGGAAGUUUUGACUUGACCCUGUCUUCUAUCUUUUGGUUCCUGUGGAGAGAGAAUCAUAAGUCUAUUUUGAGAUGAUUAAGGCAGUUGAGUAGAUUCAUAAGGAAUUAGACAGCUCAGUCUUCUGUAUGCAUCCCCUUGACAGCAAAAUGGUUAUCAUAUGAUGGGGAUGGAGAGAUAGUGGUAGAGAGCGCUUGUUAUUCUUCCAGAGGACCUGGGUUCAGUUCCCAGGACCUGUGUGAUGGGAAGGUACUGGUGCCUAGUGAGUAGAGGCCAAAGAUAUUAUUGUCAGACCUCCUACAAAAAUAGCUCUUGGUAUAGUUAUCCCAGAAUAUUAAGAGUACUGUGAUUGGGAUACACACAUACCCACACACACACCCUGCACACAAUCAUUUGUAACUUACAGAUUGUCUCUAUAAAGUUACAUGUAUGAAUAAGGCAUUAGCAAACACCUAGUGGACCAUCUAUACCACUCAAGGGUGGAACACUUUAGUGUUUGUUACUCUCAAGUAAAACAUGCAUGUAACAUUAGUGUUAGUAGUGUCCCUGCUUCUUGAUACUACAUUUCAGAACAGGAAAUCAUCACUGGGCAGCUAUGGUCUGAGGGAAGCACCUCAAGGAAGAAGUGUCAACUCUGAAAUUGUAGUGAGUCCACAUGGGGUUUGUGUGAAUGUGAAUUGUUUCCCCUUGCUCUUCUCUAAAAUUAGUUUCCUCAGAUGUUCAGGGAAAACUGCUGUAGUGAAAAUAACUACUGUAUAGAAGAAGGACACUUUUGACUAAAGAGGGAAAGAGCAGGUUUGAUUGGGAGAGUUCUAAAUGACUUCCAGUGCAACCUGGCCAAUUUUCGGUGGUAGGCCUGAAUGAUUUGGGAAUAAGACAGGAGAAUAUACUGUAAUAUCAGGAUGAAUACCAUUUAAUUACACAGCCCUUAAAUAGGUAGAGAACUUGUGCUAGAAUCAGAUGGAGAAAGUGAAGGUAGAGUAUUUCAAAGGAACAUUUAUUUUACUUUUCCUGACUUUGAGGAACAUGUAACUGUUCCUGGCUUUAAGGCUGGAGAAUCCACAAUAUGAGUGGCUUCUGAAAGCCAGAGAGGCAAGAAAAUAGAUUCUCCCCAGCCUCCCCAAAAGGAACUAUCCCUGUUCUUAUUAGUCUAUGGAGAUUGAAUGGAUUCAAGUCCUAAACUGUGAUAACUGAUGUGUGGUUUGUGGUUUUAAGCCACACUUUUGUGUGGUAAUGUGUUACAUUAUCUAUAGGUGAUAGACUUCCCUUGAUAGUUCUUUUUAGGCUCCUGACUGAAGUGUGUUCUCUUACUGAGCAAGUUAAGUAAACCAACCCUUUUUACUCCAUACCUAUAAAAAGAUUUUUAAGGAAAAAAAGAUUUCUCUUGGCUCUGUUGGCCUCCGUGUGCUCCCCAUUUUAACAGCCCUGAAUUCUAUUACUAGUUUAGAGAUUUAAAUACUAUGGAUGUUCAUGGGUGUGGUGGCAUACACCUAUAAUGCCAGAACUCAGGAGGCAGAAGCAGGUGGAUCUCUUUAAGUUUGAGGCCAGCCUGGUCUACAAAGUGAGUUCUAGGACAGCUAGGGGCUACAUAGUAAGACCCUGACCCAAACAAUAAGAAAUAAUAGUAAAAUAGGUUCUGUUCGUAAGUAGCCAUUUGUGAAAAGAAGUUUCUGAAAAGAUAGAGUAACUUUCUUAUCACUUUAAUCCCAUCCCUUUCCACUUGGCCAAGAAGAAGGCAUAUUUCAGCAUCAUAAAGCCUGUCCAGAUCCAAGAAUGUGACAGUGCCAGAGCAGGGUUUCACAUCUAACAUAGAGAUUGGGAACAUUUAUAGCUAUGGUCAGUGUCUUAACUAGUUAUGUUAACCCACAUCCUUUUGAUUUCCAAGUUAUCAGUGCUCAAGUAUGCCUGCCUGCAGGUUGUUCACUAGACUGGUCCAACGCCAUGUCUUUCUUUGUUCAGCAACUGUAUAGAGUACUUGGAGUAAGAGUUGGCACUGUAGCAGAAAGCAGAACAAGGUGUUUACAACUCAGCAGGGGAGAAAAAGAACUACACAGCAUGUAUCAGAUGAUGGUUGAUGCCUGGGAGAAAAAUAAAGCCAAGAAGGGGGAUGGGGUGUCUGUGAUGGAUAGAUUCGAUUACAGUUUUAAAAAGCUUGAUCAUUGAUUUCCUUUCCCAAUGAAAGGCAAUUACAUGUGUGACAUGCGAGGGGUGUAAUGUCAUGCAACAAGAGGUUAGGAUUUAGGGAGGAGAAACCUUUUACCAUGUGAGUUACAGGGAGGAAUAAUUAAGUCAUAGAUGGAACUUCUUCAUGAGUAGCAGUUAAAGAAAUGGCUUCAUUGCAGAGGCAGGUAUGGAGAACGAAACUUUGCACAAGGGUAAGUUCAUUUACAGGAAAACAUCUAUGAUUCUGAAGAUAAAUGAUUUCAGAAUAUGGACAAUGAAGUCCUAGCCGAAGAGAACAAGUAUAUAAGUAUAUGCUUAUGUCUAGACUUGACAACCAAAGGUAUUUAGCAUUUCUGGUCAUUUCUGAUAAAAAUAGACUAGUGUUCAGGUUUUAAAAAUUAAGGGGACUAUGCAGUGGUUCUUGGUGUUCUCAGCAGGUUGUUCAGUCACUUCCAUUCUGUAAUUUCAGGGCAUUUUUCAUUAUCCAUACAGAGGCCCUUUAUACCUAUUAGCAUCCUCCCAUUCCUCUGACCCUGGCAAUCACCAUCUCUUUCACUGUGCAUUUGCCAACAAAUUCUUUACAUUACACAUCAAUGGAAAAAUAAGACAUGGCUCUUUGUAACUUCACUUAGCAUAAUGUUUUCAAGGUUCAUGUUGUAUGUUCAAGGCCCUUUUUGUGGCUGAAAAAUAUUUUGCACAUAUGAAUUUGCUUACUGGUUGGUUGGUGGACGUUUCAGCUUCCACUUUUUUUGGCUACUAAGAAUAAUGUUCUGAACACAUACAAACCCAUGUGCCAAUAAAUUUUCAGUACUCUUGGGUAGAUACUUAGUGGAAUUGCUGGGUCUUUGUUUGCUUUUUGAGGAACUGAUGUCCAUCUUACAUUUGACUGAUGUAUUGUAUGACUACUUUGAAUUCUUCAUGUCCUUACCAAUAUUUAUUUAUUUUUCUUGCCCUAGUGGUGUGAAGUGUUAUCUUGUGGUUUGGGAAAAAUAAUUUAUAUAGUUGAAAAUCUAUACUUUAUCCCUUAUCCCAGCAUUUUUUUUUCUGCAAAGGGUAGUAUUUUAAACUGUAUCAUUUCUGUUGCAACUACUCAGCCACAGAUGACUGUAAUGUGGAAGUAGCUGUAGAUGAUUUAUAAGCAGAUGUGUUUGGAUGCGUCCAAUAAAAUUUUACAUAUGGAC